AUGUCGGGGAGCGAUAAUGCUCCCCUCGAGGUCGAUGAGUCCGACACAAUGCAGCUAGUCAGACAGGCAGUCCUGUUUGAAAACUUGGAACUGAUCAGUGAUUUGAUUCGAGAGAAUCCAUGGAGUUUAGUGAAGGUUGACCAACAUGGUCGUACUCUCCUUAUGCUCGCUGCUCACAAUGGCAGAGUAGAUAGCUUAAAAACACUGCUUGCACUCAACCAUAAUAGCCUGAAUUCGACUAAUGGUGCGGGAAAGACGGCACUCCAUCUAGCUGCAGAGGCUGGCGAAGUUCUGGCGGUCCAACAACUUCUCGUUGCCGGUGCUGAUGCUGAAUGUCGGGAUUCAUUUGGACACUGUGCUCUGGAAUCAGCUCAUAUUGCAGGACAUGACGAUGUAGCGGCUGCCAUCAUAGAGAGCAUUCGUGAGUUUCUAAGAAGUGAUAAAUUGAAUGAAGCUCACACUCAACUCAUAUGUGCGUGCUCGGAAGGAGAUGUCGAUAGUGUAGAUCGGAUACUUGCCAGCUUUUCUAUCAAAGAUCGAUACGUUCUUCUCAAUGGUCGUACUCCAGAUUGCGAUACUGCGAUGUUCAUCUCCUGCACUAAUGGGCAAGUCGAGAUAGUUAAACAUCUUCUUCACCCCGAUAACGAGCAUGUGUUGGUGAAUCCAAUCACAAAGGACACAGUGUUGCAUGCCGCUGUAUCUUCGCAAAAUGUAGAAUUAUUGCGGAUUAUGCUGGAGGUUCCCUUGUCUUCCAUUCAGUUCCAUUCAGACUUUAUUUUCUUCCAAUUUCCGGCAUCCACUUGGAACAGCCUAAUUUUCAGGCUUUCCCUUCCUUGA